AUUAGUCAACAUAUAAUUCAAAAAUUUUUAUUAGAUCCUAAAAUUUUCAUUCCCGCCCCCAAAUCCCUCCAUGAAUUUCAUCUUCUAUAUUUAGUUAUACUUAAUCUUAUCCAUAUCCCCUCUACUUCAAGUUUCUCACACUUAGAGACAAUGUCGCCAUAAACUCAUUUUAGCAAAAGAAACCUUCGAUUUGAAAAACUCUAAGGUCUGGUGUCCAAUUCACUUGUUGGGCGCAGCAGCAACUUUGUCUACAGUUUGACAUUUGUGCGUCCUCUUUAUUUCCAAAUGUUGUUGAACCUUACAUUUGAAGUGGCGCAAAUGGACAUAGAACAAGAACAAAGUUUGUGACUUGCUUCCCACGACAAUUGGUAGGGCUACGGCUUAUACUUCACUGCGGUAUUAUAUAUGGGAGCGAGAACAUUUUACUGCCUCACAUUAGGGAGUCCAGAUCCAAAUUUCUCCCAACUAGAGAUGAAUAAGCUACUGCGAGCGCAAGGUCAGCAUGAAAUGGCAAUUAAUUUUGCAAAACAUAUAUAUGAAAGUUACAAGCUUAAUGGGGAAGCAGCUGACGUAUAUUCUGUAGUUGUGAAGUGGCUUGCUGAAACACCUUCUAGCAAGUUAGUUAUAGAAUGGUGAAAGAAGAAACCUGGAAUGGUUUUGUUGCAGAUAUGUUAUUAUUUGUUCAUUAUUACACAGGACCUGUGAAAUUAGGGCAUAGGAGAACAAAACCAAAGUAACUAGAUGUUGGUACAAAGUUAAAGAUUUAUUUAGAACACAAAAGUGGCUUUUUAUAGUUUUUUCGUUAUUUGUCACUAUCUUUCUUGGUUACAGUAUUGGGUCGUCGUGUGUUGUAUUUACCUUGAAGUUAUUAUAGAAUAUAGAAACGGCUUCUUUACAGGCUUUUCUUUGUUUGUCAUUAGACCGCAGGGAGUGGUGGCGUUGUUUGGGCGGGGGAACCCAGCCAACGCUGGCUAAGCCACUCCGGGCCAGCGUUGGUGUCGGCGUUGCCCUUUUGGCGUCGCUGUGGAGCCUGGUGCGGGGCGGGUGGUGGGGUGAUGUGGCUAGCCAUGAUUGGACCUUCAUUUUUCUGUGGUUCAUAUGCAUGUAGGUAUCUCAUAGACCAUGACAAAAAUAAGGCACAAGAAUUGAGACAGGUUAAAUUCAGUCUUUAUUUUCAUUUGUCUUGUGUUUUAAUUAUCGGUCAUUUUUCAACUUCUGCUUCAAUAAGUGGUGUUAUCUGCAAUAAUGUUCCUCAGAAUUGUGAAAGCUUAGGCACAUUGGCAUUUAAGAUUAGACUUGAAACAUUUAUUAAUACAUUGAUGCUUUUUAUUAAAAAUAGGUUGUUAACUAAUUUUGUGUUAUGUUUUUAUAGGUUAUAGCUGCUAUAGUAGCCAGUGGCUGAGAAUGCUCUUUUGAUGGUGUAAAUUUCUGUUCUUUUGUUAUAAUAUUAAGUUUUGUUAACUUUUCUAUUAUUAUUUCUUAUGAUUAAUUAGUGUCAAAUAUGACGCAAAAAGUAAUGUAUUUUAGCAAUAAUCUAAUGUUUUGAGUGAAAUGAUUUAAGAGGCUUUAUGCACCUUGUUCAUAGCGUUGGGCGUGGUAACCAGGUCGUAGGAGGUUCGGGUCUUAAUGAGUUCCAACCAGAGGUCAAAACGGGUUGGUUUAAAAAAGGGGUCGUUUGGUUUGGGUCGUACGAGGUUAUGGUCUCAGUUUGUUGUUAUUCUUGAUAACAGGUACGAAAUUGAGCAACACAUCGAGGAUGCACGUAGAGCGGUUGCAGAUCGAUUGUAUGAAAGAACGGGCAAUGAUAUCAUCCUAUUGCCCUACAAUCCCGGAAACCAUUGGGUGUUGGCAGUACUAAAUCUGAAAACAACUACUUGCUAUUAUCUUGAUUCCUUACGGCCUAGAAGUGUUGAUGAGCAGUUGAGGCAAAUUAUUGAUAUGGCAAUGGCCGUGUAUGCUUCAGAAAGUGGUGCCAACAUAAGGGUUAAACUCAUAUGGAUUAACGCUAGGUGUCCACGUCAGCCAGGAGGUACUGAAUGCGGCUACUAUGUGAUGAAGUUCAUGAAGGAGAUAGCUUACGAAGGGGUUGAAAUACUUGACAAUGAUAAUGAGUAGAAGAAUACUCGGCUGCGGAUAUGGAUGGCAAUCGUGAAGAUUGGUCGACUUAUGCGGUUAACUCUAUUUUUAAGUUAUAAAUCGUAUUUUAGGUGUUGAUAAUGUAAUGACAAACAAUUCUUUUUUUGUUAACGUUAAAAUAUUUGUAGUAUACUUGACAAAUGAUUAUGUAAUGGAUUGUUUUGGUAUAUA